UUCUUUCCAAUGUUGGCACACUCAUUGAGCAACCCUCCCCCUUUCGCCUCUCCACUUCCCUUCCCUUUUCCCUUCUGCCAUCCGCCGAUCGAGCAGAAGCGAAUCCAGACGAAAAGAAAAUCAUGCAUUUCAAAGUUUUGUGCCGAAUUACAUCCUCUGCAAAGCUCAAUACUUUGCAGAGAUGUCCACAAGUGGUCCUGUCGCUCUGCUCUCAGAGGCGGAGUUAUUCAAGUGGCCAAGAAGCAGAUAUUGUCGUAAUUGGUUCAGGGCCUGGAGGAUAUGUUGCAGCUAUUAAAGCAGCACAGUUAGGAUUGAAAACUGUUUGCAUAGAGAAGAAUGCUACACUGGGUGGUACCUGCCUUAAUGUCGGCUGCAUUCCUUCCAAAGCUCUCUUGAAUAAUUCUCAUUAUUACCAUAUGGCGCACUCUGGAGAUUUAGCAAGCAGAGGCAUUGAAAGUUCUGGAGUAACAUUGAAUUUGGAUAAGAUGAUGCAGCAGAAAGUAAAUGCUGUCAAAGCACUGACAGGAGGCAUUGCCCAUCUGUUUAAACAAAACAAGGUAACUUUAGUUAGUGGACAUGGUAAAAUCACUGGACCGAAUGAAGUCACAGCAUUGAAAGAAGAUGGCUCUACUGAAGUAGUCAAGACAAAGAACAUCCUCAUUGCUACAGGAUCAGAGGUGACACCUUUCCCUGGCAUUGAGAUUGAUGAAGAAACUAUUGUUUCAUCCACUGGUGCCCUCUCUUUGAAAAAAGUACCCGAAAAACUUGUCUUGAUUGGUGCUGGAGUCAUUGGUCUUGAACUGGGAUCUGUUUGGGGACGUCUUGGUGCUGAAGUAACUGCUGUUGAAUUCCUUGGUUCCAUUGGAGGUGUAGGCAUUGAUGCGGAAGUGGCUAAGACCUUCCAGCGAAUUCUUCAAAAACAGGGAAUGAAGUUCAAACUUGGCACUAAAGUCACUGGAGCUUCUCGUCAAGGUGACAAAGUUAAGGUCUCUGUUGAAGAUGCUAAAGAUCCCUCCAAGAAGGAAGAGUUGGAUGCUGAUGUUCUUCUCGUGAGUGUUGGCCGCCGACCAUUCACCAAGAACUUGGGACUGGAGGAUGUUGGUAUUGAAAGGGACGACAAGGGUCGUGUCCCUGUCAAUUCACGCUUCCAGACUGUUAUUCCCAACAUCUACGCCAUUGGAGACUGUAUUCAUGGCCCCAUGCUAGCACACAAGGCUGAAGAUGAAGGUAUUGUGUGCGUGGAGGGUAUUGCGGGAGGCCCUGUGCACAUUGAUUACAACUGUGUACCAUCAGUAAUUUACACUCACCCUGAAGUUGGCUGGGUUGGCAAGAAUGAAGAAGAUCUCAAGAAGGAGGGAGUUGAAUACAAAGUGGGCAAGUUUCCGUUUGCUGCCAACAGCAGAGCUAAGACCAACAAUGAGACUGAUGGCUUUGUUAAAAUUCUGGGUGAUAAGCACACUGACAGGCUGCUUGGCGCCCACAUCAUUGGACCUGGUGCUGGUGAACUGAUUGGUGAGGCUUGCCUUGCUAUGGAGUAUGGUGCAUCUUGUGAAGACAUUGCUCGUGUUUGCCACGCACAUCCCACCUGCUCAGAGGCAUUCAGAGAAGCAAACGUAGCUGCCUAUGCGGGCAAGGCAAUCAACUUCUAAAUUGUUGCAACUAUUGCAUGCUGCAAGCUGCAUUGUGAUCAUUUUAAGGUGUCUCCGAGACUGAAGUGGCUAUUCCAACAGUCCACGACUCUCAAGAUGAAAUUAUAGAUACUAGGAGUGGAAGCAAAAUUUGAUUUUAAUUUAAUUUUAAUUUUAUAUCAUUUCUGAUUUAGGUACAAAUUGUGAAUGUUAGUCAUACCAUAACUGACAUCUUGUUGGCGGCUCUGAUUUUACUUCUAUGCAAGUAAAGAAGACCAUGUUAAUAUAAUAUAAUUUUACCAAUUUUUAUCCCGUCAUUCCAAAUAGCUAUGGUUCCUGCUUUUAAUAACUGUAGAAAGUUACCUUCAAAAGUAAUUUGUGCAGUUCUGACUUAACAUCAGAAGUUUCAGGGAACUGCGCCUAGCUUUGUCCACAUUAGAUCACUUGACUCAUCUGGUGGAAUUUGUUCACUUAAAACUCAGCCAUAUCCCAGACUUAUUUAGGCUGGUAUUUAUUGAUAAUGUAAGUGCUUUAAAUUUCUGUACAAAGUCAUAAUGUAAAGCAAUUAAUAAUCUCGUU